ACUUGUUUCUUUCAGGUCUGCUUGUCACCUGGCUACGUAACGUUAUGUCAUAUGGUACUCACCCGCUUUCAGAGGGCCACGCCAGGAUCAGGGAGCGGAGUGAGGACUCCAGUGAUCAGCCACAGUAAAACAAGAUGGACCCUGAAGUGUCCAUUCUGCUGCACUGUGCACAGUGGAGGGGGCUGCUGGAGGACCGAGUACAUGUGGAGCUUUCUGACAGAUUCAACAGGCAGACCGAUCCUCUUCUUGAGCGGCACAUAAACGAGGUCUGGACAGAACGGCUUUCCAAGGAGCCGUGGCUUUUCAACGGGGCCAAAUUCAGGCUACAUUCCUUCGACCUGGCCUCUCCGGAACGUCCCCGCCGCUUUCGGUCUGACUGUGCAGGCCGGCAGGGUGAGCGGGACUGUGUGCCCGCGAUCAACGGAUGUACAGCUCAGACCGCAGGCGACUCCCUCCUCACCCUGAGGCUGGGCCUCACCUGCUACAAGGACUACCUGGGAACAAACUGGUCGCGUCAGGUGGCGGAGCUCCGUCGGCGUGGACAGGAGGAGUUCGGCGACCCUCUGGCCCUGCUGGCUCAGCCGCUCGGUGUGGGCGGCGUGUUGUGCACACGGGACGGUCAGGUGGUGUUCAUCAGGCGGAGCCAGAAGGUGGCAGAGGCAGGGGGAAUGCUGGACAUUCCCGGCGGGCACCCAGAGCCAAAGGCGGUGUGUGAGCGUCUGGGCGAGGCGGCGGACGAGGAGCACAUCGGUGUGGUCACAAUGCAGCAGAGACCGGACGCCGUCAUCUCAGAGCUGUUCUCCUCCAUCUGCGCGGAGAUCAGGGACGAGGUAAACGUCCCUUUGAGCAGCCUUGGAGCGCCUGUCCUGAUGGGCGUCGCUCUGAACAACACCAGCGCUGGCCGGCCGAGCGCCGAGUUCUACAUCAGCUGCUCCCUGUCCUCUGAUGAAGUCAGAAGGUUGUACUGGAAAGGAGGAGCAGAGGCCAACGAGUCCACGGACGUCGUCUUCCUCUCCAGAACGGAGGUGUUGCAGCUGAACAGAAGCAGCCCUCUGUGGUCGGAGAUGUGUCCCUCAGCUAAAGGAGCCAUGCUGCUUUAUCAGAUGGUGAAACCAGAAGGAGAGCCGAGCAAAGAGUCAACCGGUUAGAUUUAUUCCCCUCAAGCACUCAGAGAGCAGGAGUGGUGUUAAAACUCUGCAGAUUACUGUAAUCUCCUUUAUCUUCUGUCAUUUGUAAAACAAGACUGUUUAAAAUAUUAAAAUAUUUUCCAGAAAAAUCUCUUAAAAAUAUGAUGUCUUUGAAAAACAGCACCGACCAUCUUUGAUAGUCCAAAACGGCAACAUUUAUCAGUUUAAAAAUCCACCGACACUCACAGCGCUGUGCAAAAGUUUUAAACCACUCCUCGUUUCUUUCGACUUUGAUUCCAAAGAGCCACAUUUCUUGUAACCUUUUACAGGGAUCUCCAUCAACUUUUCUUUGUAUGCAGCAGCUUGUUUUUGUUGCAUUGAACAAGUGCGGAACAAAAGAAGUGACAACCUAAAAACUAACAACUAUCUACCAAAUAAAAACUGAAUCUGAAGUCUUUCAGAGGCUGGAGGAAAAGCUGGCGAAGGCUCUGAGGGACCCAGCAUGCUUCAGUAGAUCACAUCACAACUAUCUCUGAGAACGCUAAAAUACUGUUUUGUCUCUUGGUUUCAACUGAGAAAAUGGAAACAAAUUAUGCCAAAAGCUGGAGCUCUAAAUUAGCUUUUUUGCUCAUCGGUCAGUAAGAGGCAGAUACUGGUUCCUUCCAUAAAUCUAAGGUUUCUUUUUAUAAAAAAAUAAAAAAAUAAACGUAGUAAAUAUCCCAGAAAAA